AUGUUUUUAUCUUCUUUCUUUAUCUUAUUCACUUUUUUUCUUUCUUUAUCUUAUUUUCUUUUUCCUUUAUUUAUUUUAUUCUCUUUUUUCUUCUUUCUUUAUCUUAUUCUCUUUUUCCUUUCUUUAUCUUAUUCUCUUUUUCCUUUAUUUAUCUUAUUCUCUUUUUUCUUCUUUCUUUAUCUUAUUCUCUUUUUCCUUCAUUUAUCUUAUUCUCUUUUUCCUUUAUUUGUCUUAUUCUCUUUUUCUUCUUUAUCUUAUUCUCUUUUUCCUUCAUUUAUCUUAUUCUCUUUUUCCUUUAUUUGUCUUAUUCUCUUUUUCUUCUUUAUCUUAUUCUCUUUUUCCUUCAUUUAUCUUAUUCUCUUUUUCCUUUCUUUAUCUUAUUCUUUUUUUUCCUUCAUUUAUCUUAUUCUCUUUUUUCUUCUUACUUUAUCUUAUUGUCUUUUUCCUUCAUUUAUCUUAUUCUCUUUUUCCUUCAUUUAUCUUAUUCUCUUUUUCCUUUAUUUAUCUUAUUCUCUUUUUCUUCUUUAUCUUAUUCUCUUUUUCCUUCAUUUAUCUUAUUCUCUUUUUUCUUCUUUCUUUAUCUUAUUCUCUUUUUCCUUUCUUUAUAUUAUUCUCUUUUUCUUUCAUUUAUCUUAUUCUCUUUUUUCUUCUUUCUUUAUCUUAUUCUCUUUUUCCUUUCUUUAUCAUUCUCUUUUUUCUUCAUUUAUCUUAUUCUCUUUUUCCUUCAUUUAUCUUAUUCUUUUUUUCCUUUCAUUUAUCUUAUUCUCUUUUUCCUUUCUUUAUCUUAUUCUCUUUUUCCUUCAUUUAUCUUAUUCUCUUUUUCUUCUUUAUCUUAUUCUCUUUUUCUUUCAUUUAUCUUAUUCUCUUUUUUCUUCUUUCUUUAUCUUAUUCUCUUUUUCCUUUCUUUAUCUUAUUCUCUUUUCCUUCAUUUAUCUUAUUCUCUUUUUUCUUCUUUAUCUUUAUCUUUUUCUCUUUUUCCUUCAUUUUCCUCUUUAUUCUUCUUUUUUCUUCUUUCUUUAUCUUAUUCUCUUUUUUCUUCUUUCUUUAUCUUAUUCUCUUUUCCUUUUUUUUAUCUUAUUCUCUUUUUCCUUCAUUUAUCUUAUUCUUUUUUUUCUUCUUUCUUUAUCUUAUUCUCUUUUCCUUUCAUUUAUCUUAUUCUCUUUUUUCAUUUUCUUUUCUCUUUAUCUUAUUCUCUUUUUCCUUCAUUUAUCUUAUUCUCUUUUUCUUCUUUCUUUAUCUUAUUCUCUUUUCCUUUCUUUAUCUUAUUCUCUUUUUUCUUUUUCUUUAUCUUAUUCUCUUUUUCUUCUUUCUUUUUCCUUCAUCUUAUUCUCUUUUUUCCUUUCUUUAUCUUUCUUCUCUUUUUUUUCCUUCAUUUAUCUUAUUCUCUUUUUUUUUCUUUCUUUAUCUUAUUCUCUUUUUUCCUUCAUUUAUCUUAUUCUCUUUUUUUCUUCUUUACUUUAUUUUUUCGUUCUCUUUUUUCCUUUUCAUUUAUCUUAUUCUCUUUUUUUUCUUCUUUCUUUAUCUUAUACUCUUUUUUUCUUCUUUCUUUUAUCUUAUUCUCUUUUUUUUCAUUUAUCUUAUUCUCUUUUUUUUUCUUUCUUUAUUAUCUUAUUCUUUUUUUCCUUCAUUUAUCUUAUUCUCUUUUUUUCCUUCAUUUAUCUUAUUCUCUUUUUCUUCUUUCUUUAUCUUAUUCUCUUUUUUUUUUUCAUUUAUCUUUUCUCUUUUUUAUCUUCUUUUUUUUCAUUUAUCUUAUUCUCUUUUUUCGUUUCUUUUCUCUUUUUUAUUCUUAUUCUUUUUCCUUCAUUUAUCUUAUUCUCUUUUUUUUCUUUAUCUUAUUCUUUUUCUUAUUCUUUUCUCUUUUUCCUUUCUUUAUCUUAUUCUCUUUUUCCUUCAUUUAUCUUAUUCUCUUUUUUUUCUUUCUUUAUCUUAUUCUCUUUUUCCUUCAUUUAUCUUAUUCUUUUUUUCUUUUUAUCUUAUUCUCUUUUUCUUCUUUUUUUCUUAUUCUCUUUUUCCUUCAUUUAUCUUAUUCUCUUUUUUUCUUCUUUCUUUUCUCUUAUUCUUUUUUCUUUAUUUUUCUCUUUUUCUUCCUUCUUUUAUCUUAUUCUCUUUUUCCUUCAUUUAUCUUAUUCUCUUUUUUCAUUUCUUUAUCUUCUUUCUUUAUCUUCAUUCUCUUAUUUUUUUCCUUUCUUUAUCUUAUUCUCUUUUUUUUCUUCAUUUAUCUUAUUCUCUUUUUUUUUCUUUCUUUAUCUUAUUCUCUUUUUCCUUCAUUUAUCUUAUUCUCUUUUUUCUUUAUCUUUUCUCUUAUCUUUCUUUUCUUUUCUCUUUUCUUUCAUUUAUCUUAUUCUCUUUUUCCUUCAUUUAUCUUAUUCUCUUUUUUCUUCUUUCUUUAUCUUAUUCUCUUUUUCCUUUCUUUAUCUUAUUCUCUUUUUCCUUCAUUUAUCUUAUUCUCUUUUUUCUUCUUUCUUUAUCUUAUUCUCUUUUUCCUUCAUUUAUCUUAUUCUCUUUUUUCUUCUUUCUUUAUCUUAUUCUCUUUUUUCUUCUUUCUUUAUCUUAUUCUCUUUUUCCUUUCUUUAUCUUAUUCUCUUUUUCCUUCAUUUAUCUUAUUCUCUUUUUUCUUCUUUCUUUAUCUUAUUCUCUUUUUCCUUUCUUUAUCUUAUUCUCUUUUUCCUUCAUUUAUCUUAUUCUCUUUUUUCUUCUUUCUUUAUCUUAUUCUCUUUUUCCUUCAUUUAUCUUAUUCUCUUUUUCCUUCAUUUAUCUUAUUCUCUUUUUUCCUUCAUUUAUCUUAUUCUCUUUUUCUUUCAUUUAUCUUAUUCUCUUUUUCCUUUCUUUAUCUUAUUCUCUUUUUCCUUCAUUUAUCUUAUUCUCUUUUUCUUCUUUAUCUUAUUCUCUUUUUCCUUUAUUUAUCUUUUUUCUCUUUUUUAUUUUCUUUUUUUCUUUCUUUAUCUUAUCCUUUUCUUCUUUUAUUAUCUUUCUUUUGUUUUCUUUCUCUGUCUUAUUCUUUUUUUCUUUGACCUCUUCUAUUUUUCUACUUUCUUUUUCUUAUCUUUUCAUCUUUCAUUAUCUUAUUCUUUUCUUUCUACUUUCUUUACCUUAUUUUUUCUUGAUACUUCUUUCAUUAUCUUAUUCUUUUUUUCUUCUUUAUCUUAUUCCCUUUUUCUACUUUCUAUAACUUAUUCUCUUUUUCUUCUUUCUUUAUGUUAUUUUCUUUUUUCUUUAUAUUCUCUUUUUUAUAUUUCCCUUAUCUUUUUUUCUUUCUUAAACUUAUUCUCUUUUUUCUUUGUUCAGUAUCUUAUUUUAUUUUUUCUUCUUUCAUUAUCUCAUUUUUUCUACUUUCUUCAUCUUAUUCUCUUUUUUCUUUAUCUUAUUGUUUUUUCUUCUUUCAUCAUUUCUUUCCCUUUUCCUUCUCUUUACUUUAUUCUCUUUUUCUUUUCUUAUUUUUAUUUUCUUUUUUCACGUUUCUUUAUUAUCUUAUCUUCUUCAUUCUUUAUCUUAUUCUCUUUUUCUUCGUUCUUCAAUUUAUCUUUUUUUUAG